AUGUCCGCAUCAAAGUCCGAGUCCACCGACAGAACUUCCCCGCAAGCAAGCCAUAACUCAUCCUCGUCGAGCAAAUCAUCGUCGGAGGCUGGCCCGUCGCGUUUGACGCCGCCCUCCGAUCGUAUGGACGACGAUAUGGGUGCCGAUGCUUCUGCUGCGCCCAUGGUUGCAUUUUCGAUCAAGUAUCAGCGCACGUUCCUCUCGGCAAGGCUCGCAGAAGACGAGACGGUGGCGGAUCUCAAAGCCAUCCUCUUUUCCAUGACAGAUGUGCCUCCAGAAAGUCAGAAGCUGCUUGGGAUGGUCAAGGGCAAACAGCCAAGCGAUGAGACGCAUCUCGGCACCAUUCCGUACGCCCCUGCUGCACUGCGAUCUCGUCCUGCUGCCACAAAAGCUGAAAACAUCACGACGGAUACCGCUGCUGAUGCCGACAAGGCGUGCAAGAUCACCGUGCAGUUCACGCUGCUCGGCACACCAGAGGCGAGCCGCUUCAAGGAUCAGAUCAUCCACAAUGUGUCGGCCACCGACCAAGAUGCGGUGCAGGACCUCGACUACGUGGACCUCACCAAGAAAGAAGAGACCAAGGUCAAGCCGCACGACGAUCCAAAGAAUCUCGCCAAGCUCGAAAAGACGAUCCAACGCUUCUCUGAUUUUCCCAUCAUCAAUCCGCCACGCCCAGGUAAAAAGCUUCUUGUGCUCGACCUUGACUACUGUAUCGCCGACACCAAACGGCUGCUGGAUCCCAACUCGCCCGCUUCGUUGGCUGCUCGGCCAGGGCUGCACGAGAUGCUGAAAGCCGUAUACCCUUACUACGAUAUUUGCGUCUGGUCCCAGACCUCUUGGCGAUGGCUCGAGAUCAAACUCGUCGAGCUCAACAUGCUGGGCAACACUGACUACAACAUUUCGUUCGUGAUCGACCGCACGCCCAUGUUCAAGAUCCACUCUGCGGUGGGCACCCACGAGGUCAAGGCGCUCGAGUUCAUCUGGCGAAGGUGGCCCGAAGUGUACGGCCGCCACAAUACGAUCCACAUUGACGACCUCAGCCGCAAUUUCGCCAUGAAUCCUCGCAACGGCCUCAAGAUCAAGGCUUACAAAGACUCACCCAACUUUGACACCGAGUUUGUGGCGCUUCGCAGAUAUCUGUUGCAGCUUGCACACCCGAGCGUCACCGACUUUACAAAGUAUGAACAUAUGCGCAGUGCUUGGAAGCAUUUUCAGGGCCCUGAAGUGUAA